AUGUCAAAUCAAGCUAGAACUAGAUCCCAUAAUCCUGAAGGAUUUGUAUUCCAAGAGUAUGUUGAACCAGCUCGUCGUAGAGGUCAAAGAAUUCAAAACAAUCAAAACAAUCAAAACCAAAAUCAAAACAUUACUACUGAAAAUAACAAUGUCAAUCCUGACAAUACUGAAACUAAUGAAAAUGAGAAUGCUACUACUACUAGUGCUGUUCCAGAAGGAGGUUCUAUUAGACCUAGAAAUGAAAAUGCCAAUGCUCCAGAAUUAGAUGUUAAACCAGAAUUAUUCGUUGAUUUUCCAUUUGAAGACUAUAUUGCUGAUAUUGAUACUUUCAUUAAAACAUGUGAAGAAACAGCAAAUACAAGAUACAAGAAUAAUGUUGAAUCAUUAGUUAAGAAUUUGAACCCAUUGAAUGAAACAGAUCCAAAUAGUUAUGCAAAUUGGUUAAAUUUUUUCCAAAGAUUAUUUGAAAUGUAUAAAGGUCUUGAAAGAGUUGUAACUGAUCCAGAAUCAUAUGAUGCUAGAAUUCACUCUAUUAAUAGAUUCAAGUUUAGUUCCCCAAUGAAAGUAGCUUAUUUUGUUGAAGAAUUUUGCAAUAUUAUUUCUGGCCAAAUUUUGAAUACUAAGUUAGAUAUUGGUCAAAUUCCAGUACCAGAAGGGAAUCAAUUGAACUUACAUUUAAUCUGGAAACAUGUUGCUUCAUAUCGUGAUGAAAACUUACCUCAUUCACUUAGAUUAGCAUUUGCUGCUGCUUGGAGUAUUUCUGAAGAUCAAAAUUUUACCAAGAAAAAGCGUAAUGAAGGAAAUUUCUUGAGACUUGGUGCCACAAAUGAUUAUGUGAAGUUCUUAUUAUUAUUAGAUGGAAAUAUUGUUGGUGGUCCAAUGGUAAAGUUUUAUAGUAACUGUUGUCAAUCUGAUCAGGGUCCAUUAUGUUCUGAAAUUUUAGCUGAGUAUUAUUUAAAGUGGACUGAAGUUGGAAGAGAUAAAGAGAAAUUUAAGGCUCCAACUGAUAAUGAAAUUUACACGAAGAUGAGUUCUCGUCCUGGUUUUGUUGUAUUAGGUAAAUCAAAUGAAGACGGACGUAGAAGAGGUGUUGUUUAUUUGAACAAAUAUGCUAAAAUGUUUAAUGAAUCAUUUGGAAAGAAAUCAACUGAAAUUAUUGCUCCAGCUAUUGGAUAUGGAAACAGAAAUGGCUAUCAUCAUAAGAGAAGAUUUGAUCACUAUAAUGAAUAUAACAAUCGUGAUGGUCAAGAGAAACUGGAUAAUAACAAUGAAAGUGAAAAUACUGAGAAAUCAAAUGAUACAAAUGAAUCUGAUAGAAGAUCAAGUUAUCCAAGUCGUGGAAGUUUUAGAGGCCGUGGCCGUGGUGGUUUUAGAAGGUCUCGUGGUGGAUUUAGAGGAAGAAGUAGAUAUCAUCGUGGCGGCAGAAGUUAUGGAAAUUAUGAAGGUCGUGGAAAUCUGGUGAAUGCUGAAAGUACAGCCAGUGAAGCCAUUAAUUAUUUCGAUGAAGAUAUUGAGAACAAAAGUGAUGAAGUGAUGAUUCUGCCAGAUGAAGCGAUGUAUGAUUCAGGAGCUAGUACUUCUGUUGUAACAAGAAGAGAAUUAUUGAAGAAUUUUAAUGCAUUAAAUAUCAAGAAGUUUAAACUUGCUGAUCAAAGUAUUGUAGAAUCUGAAGGAACUGGUACAUUGACAUUAGAAGUGAAUGAUGAAUUAAUUGAAAUAAAUGAUGUGUCACUUAUACCGCAUGCUGCGUUGAACAUUGUGUCAUUAGGACAAUUGUCUGAAUUAGGAUAUGAUGCUUAUAUUUCUAGAAGCCAUUUGUAUUUAUUGAACAUGAAUGAGAAACGUUGUAUGGUUGUUGCUGAAAACCUUGGUGGUAAAAAUAUCUAUGUUGGACCGAUUAAAGGCAAACUUAAAGUACCUAGAAACAUACUUAAGAUAGGAUUCCUCUACCAUUUAAAUAUACAUAAUAUUCCGAAAUGUGUAGCAAGUAGUGAAAAGACCUUGUAUGGUCAGCAUCUCGCAGGUAAUCACGCGACAUUAUAUGCAUUAAAAGAGAAAAUCAAGAACAAAGAAAUUGACGUUAAGAUUACACCUGAGGAAGUUGAGAAGAUUAAGUUAUGUCCGGUAUGUUUAGCUACUAAUGCAGUCCAAAGGCCACAUAAUCAAACAACACAACGUGAAACUAAAAGACCAUUAGAAAGAGUUCAUUGUGAUACUGUUGGUCCUAUUGAAAUUGGAGAUAUUAAACAUUAUGUUACUGCUUUAACAGAUGAUUACAGUCAAUAUAUUGAAGUUAUUAUUAGUCAAAGUAAAGCAAUUAAAGAAACUAUUGUAUCAUUAUUAGAAUUAUGGAAUAAUUAUUCUCCAACAAAUCAUAUUACUUAUUUCAGGUCAGAUAAUGCUGCUGAAAUGCCUUCAAUGUCAGAUUUACAUAAGAUUGGAAUUAGAAGAGAUAUAAUUGGAGCUUAUUCUCCGGAGUUAAAUGGUACUGCUGAAGUUACAAAUAGAAUUAUUUUUAAAGGACUUAGAAAAUGUAUUUUGAAUUUUCCAGAACAACAUGAAUUAGCUUUAACAUUAUUUUAUUAUAUGGUUCUUUAUGUUAUUACUACAAUUAAUCAUACUCCAAGGAAAAAGUUCAAGGGUUUAACCCCAUACCAGGUAUUUACUGGAUAUCAUGAUUUUGUUUUUAAUUUUCAUCAAUUUGGUGUUGAUGUUGUUGUGAAAUGUUCUUCCAAAGUUGAAGCAAAGAGAUUAGGUGUUGAUUUAGAUAAACUUACUCCACCAGUAGUAUUUGGAACAUUUUUAGGAUAUUCUACUGAUACAACUAGUUUUAUGAUUAUGAUUUCUACUGAAGGAUAUCCGGUGAUUGUCACCCCGAAUGUAACAUUCUUACCUACUUUUAAAGUCAUUGACCAAUAUUUUAAGAAUAAAGCAAAUGAAAAAUUUGAACCAAUUAAAUUAGAUACUGAAGUAUUGAAUAAAUUUUUGAAGAAGGCAUCUGAAAGAGAAGAUUAUGUGAAAUUUAAGUCAGUUCAUAAUGUGCCACAUACUUAUCCAAAUUGGGAAGAAUUUGAAAUUAUUCAUGAUGAAGAAACUAUUGCAGAAGUUGAAGCAGAAGAAACAGAAAUGAGUUCUAGUGAAAGGGGAGUUGAUCCCAGGGGAGUUGAUCCCAUUAGUGAGGUUAGGGGAGAUAAUGUGAACCUCCCAAAUAAUAGAGAUAAGAGAGAGGUCCUUGUAGACCCUGGUGCUUGUUCACCAAAGAAUAAUGAGAAUAGAGAGGUCCUUGAUGACCCAGGUGCUUGUUCACCAGAGAAUAGAGAGGUCCUUGAUGACCCAGGUGCUUGUUCACCAGAGAAUAGAGAGGUCCUUGAUGACCCAGGUGCUUGUACACCAAUGAAUGAAAUGGUCCUGGUUGACCAAGGUGCUUGUUCACCAAAUAAUAAUAAUAAUAAUUCUGCCGUGUUCGUCAGAGGUGCUUGUUCACCAGAUAAUAAUAAUAAUAUUGAAGAAGGUGCUUGUACACCAAAUAAUGAAAUGGUACGUAUUACUAACAAUAAUAAAUCAAAUACAAAUGCCCUUGUUGGCAGAAGAAAUGAACCAAAGAAACAUAGAAAGAAGAAGAAUAAAUUGAAACCAAUUGAAUUUUCACCUACUUUAGAUAAGGUACAUAAACAAUUAAAUCUUGAUAAGAAUGGAUUCAGAAUAAAUGAACGUGUGAAUGGAAAGAGAACUAUUGAUGAUGUUGAACGUGAUGUUCCAAUAAUUAGAAGAUCCAAAUUUGGAAGGAUUUAUAAACCUAAGGUUUACCAAUAUUUGAAUUUAAUGAUAUUUGAUGAUCCAGAUUCACUUGAUGAAGAAGAGAAUAUAUUUGCUGUAAUGAAUGAUAUUGAUCCAAAUGAUGAAAAUUGGAAAGCAGCAAAAUUGAAAGAAAUUGAAAAAUUCAAAGAAAUGGAUGUUUAUAAAGUUGUUGAUACUCCAAGAGAUAAGAGGAUUAUUCCUACUAGAUGGGUUUUUACCUACAAGAAGAAUGAUAUGAAAGACCAUGUUUAUAAAGCCAGAUGUGUUGUACAAGGUUUUAGACAAAGUGAAGGAAUUGAUUAUGACAUUUGUAAAAUAUCAUCACCUGUUACUGAUUUAUCUACUAUAAGAUUGUUAACUGCUUUAGCAACUGAAUUUGAUUAUACUAUACAUCAUUUAGAUGUGAAGUCUGCUUAUCUUAAUGCUGAAUUAUCUAAUGAAAUAUAUGUUAAGCCUCCUCCAGGUUUUAAUGAUAACCCAAAUAAAUGUUGGAAACUAAAUAAGUCUGUUUAUGGUCUUAAACAAGCAGGUUAUGAAUGGUAUAUUAAAUUUACUAAGAUAUUUACUGCAAUGGGUUUUAAGAAUGUGGUUGAUACAUUAUUUAUUAAGAGAACUAAAGAUACUGUGAUUAUUGCUGCAAUAUAUGUUGAUGAUGUAUUUAUUGUUUGUUCAAGAGAAGAAUUGUUUUCACAAUUCAAGACUGAGUUAGAUAGUCAUGUUGAUUUUAAAGAUUUAGGGGAGAUAUCUGAAUAUUUAGGUAUAAAGUAUGAAAAGACCAAAGAUGGUUAUUCCAUUAAUCAAAGAGAAUUCCUUGAGAAGUUAAUUGACAAUUUGAAGAUGAAAGAAACUUAUGCUAAUCAUCCAAAGUUUAAAUAUAUUGAGAAACAAAUCCCCAUGGUUAAGGAUAAACCUGAGAAAGUAUUUAGAACUCAUGAAUUUGUUACUGAUGAAGAAGAAGGUGAAUUAUUAGAGCAUGAUGCUAAGACUGAUUACCAAUCAAUUGUUGGUCUGUUGUUAUGGGCUGCAAAUAAUACUAGGCCUGAUAUUAGUUAUGCUGUUAAUUACUUAGGUAAGAGAGCUGCUAAUCCUACCGUGAAUGAUUUUGCAAAGUUAAUGUAUUGUGUUAGAUAUAUUAUGGGUACAUUAGAUGUUAAGAUUGAAUACAAGAGAAGAGAGAAAUCUGUUGCAGACAAUUUUACUAUUAAUGCAUUUACAGAUGCAAGUUUUGCUCCACAUAGUGAUAGAAAGUCCAUAUCUGGAAAUGUUAUUUAUUUGAAUCAUUAUUUAGUUAAUUGGUCAACUAAGAGACAGAAAACCAUUGCAAAUAGUACUGCUGCUAGUGAAAUUAUUGCUCUUAGAUCUGCUGUGCAUGAAUGUUUGAAAUUGAAGACAAUUAUGGAAGAGAUGAAUUUGAAAGUUAAAGAUGUAUUUGUUAGAGAAGAUAAUACUGCAGUUAUUCAAUACUGUAAAAACAUAAAUGUUAGUCAUACAAGUAGAAAUAUUGAUAUUGCUUUCAAAUAUUUGAGAGAUUUGGUCCAAUCUGGUGUUAUUAAAUUAUGCUGGGUUAGUACAAAAGCUAAUAUUGCUGAUAUGUUUACAAAACCGUUAGGUAAGUUUGAGUUUAUUGAAUUUAGAAAUAAGUUAUUAGGUAAACAUGAUUUAUCCAAAGAAGUUGAGAAAUUGAAUGCUAUAUUUUUAGCUGAACUUUAG